AUGAAGGUGAUAGCUUUUACUGAAACUUGGCUCAAUUGUAAUAUAAAUAAUUCUGAAUUGAUGGACUCUCGUUACGUGAUUUAUCGUAGGGAUAGAGUUAUUACAUCCACGUCCAAACAGGAUGGGGGAGGAGUGUUGCUGGCGGUCUCUAAAGAACUCCAAUCAAGGAGAAUGCCUGACUGGGAGAGCGCAGGCGAGGAUCUAUGGGUUGUUGUUGAUGUUGAUAUUUGUGGUAAAUCUGAGAAGUUGGCUUUGUGUGUCGUUUAUCUACCUCCUACGUCUAGCACGCAAAUGAAGUUAAAAACCUUGAGUGAUUUUUUAAACUCUGCCAGUCGCGUCUUACUAAAAAUGAAUAAAGUUGUCAUAUGUGGCAAUUUUAAUUUAAGUUUUAUUGAUUGGGUGUUUGAUAAGGAUACGCUGCAGAUUAUUCCUAGCAAUUAUAAUAACUCUAUUGGUACCGCGUUUGUUGAUUUUAUGCUUACUAAUAGUUUGAACCAAAUAUGCGCUGUUCGAAAUUGUGAUGAUAGGAUCCUGGACCUGGUCCUUACUAAUAUUUCUGGUGGUUCGGUUGUGCAAUCUUCAGACUUACUAAGUAAGCUUGAUCCGUUCCAUCCAAGUUUCGAGAUAACAUUUAGCCUUUCACCGACGUGUUUUUUGCGUCCAGUAUUGGGAGAUUAUCGUAGUUUCUACAAAGCUAAUUAUGACAGAAUUUGGCAGCACCUGGGCAAAAUUGACUGGAGCGAGAGGUUUAGUCAUUGCGAUGAUGUCGAUAGUAUGACAUUAUCUUUCUAUAAUGAAUUAUAUAGUGUCAUAGACGCUAAUGUGCCUUUGACGACUAUGAAGAAGUCAAGGCAUCGACCGCCCUGGUAUACUAACGCUCUGGUAGGAAUGCUCACCGAAAAGGAAAAGAUUAGAAAAAGACGCAUGGAAGAGAGUAUUCAGAAGAAUCCCAAAACUUUUUGGCGUUAUAUAAAUAAAAAACGUAAUGGCGAUAACUCUGUUCCUUCUGUGAUGUAUUCUGGUAGUGAGUCUGUGAAUUCUGGUCAAUCUAUAGCGCAGUUAUUAGCUGAUCAUUUUUCCUUAGCCUGUAGUGAUUCUCAGCCUGUUUUACCGCUGUCUGUCGAAUCAAGUUUUAGUAAUAUUCUGUCGUUUGGUAAUAUGUCAAGCUUGCAGUUUACGGUGGAACAGGUUGAGAAGGGUCUUGGUUCUCUGAAACCGUCAGGGGGUGCGGGUCCUGAUAAAGUUCCGCCAGUUUUCCUAAUUCGAUGUGCUUCGGUUUUGGCUUUGCCUUUGCAACUUAUUUACAAUCGGUCUAUUAGCGAUGGGAGGUUCCCUGUGGAGUGGAAAAGAGCUAGAAUAGUCCCUGUUCAUAAAAAGGGGGAUAUACAUGACGUGAAAAACUACUGUCCUAUUUCCAUCCUCUCGUGUGUUUCUAAACUUUUUGAACAACUAAUACGUCCGGUUUUAACAUGCUUUGUUCGUCCAUAUAUUUCUACCUAUCAGCAUGGAUUUAUUCGGGGUCGGUCGACUAUGACUAAUCUGGUUGAGUUUGUUGCCGAUGUGAUGACUGGGGUUGACAGGGGUCACCAAAUAGACGCCAUUGAUACUGAUUUCAGUAGUGCUUUUGACAGGGUGCGAGAUCUCGGCGUCGUCAUUGAUAGCAAGCUCAAAUUUGAUAUACAUGUGGACAGUGUAACUUGUAAAGCUGCUAGGAUGUUGGGUUUUGUCAAGAGAAAUGCUGGAGAUUUUCGACUCCCAUCCACAAAGAUACUUUUAUUCAAUUGUCUGGUUCGUAGUCACCUCGAGUAUGGUAGUGUUGUGUGGAGCCCGUCGUAUGUUGUGCAUUCGCAGAGGCUAGAGGGUAUCCAGAGAGCUUUCACUAGAUACCUGGCUUUUACGUCUCCAGGAAUUUCUCAUAGAAGUUCCUAUGAUCAGCGCUUGGAUCACUUCGGCUUGAUUACGUUAAGAGACAGACGCAAACUGCUCGACCUUCUGUUCCUGUAUAAAGUAAUCAAUGGAUUCAUGGACUCUACUGAUAUUCUGUCUCGGGUGAAUCUUUGUGUCCCCUAUAAUAGUCCUCGCAAGCCUAUCUCUCACAUUUUUGAAUGCUCUCGUAAUAGGACCAAUCUAGGUCGCCACUCCCCCAUUAACAGAAUUUGCGUGGAAUAUGGCGAGCUGUGCAGCCGGGCGCCGGAUGUGGACAUUUUUAGCGAUUCUUUACGUAAAUUUAAAAAUCAAAUACUGAAAUCAAUAGCGGGCUGUAAUUAG